AUGUCUCUCCGUUCAAUUUUCUGUUAUCGUCUUGCGAUAACAACCCCUUUCGGGCUCGGUGACAGCGCCCCAGACACAAGACCGGUUCAGUCCCCGAGGUCGUCGUGUACAACAACUCUCAGGGCGCCCGACUCACCUGAUGCUGCCGUUGGAGCCGAAUUCAAAGCCAACGGGACCAACUAUAAUUAUCACCUCAUAGUACCUCGCGAGCCCCGUCGGUUACACAUCUUCGCUUGCAUGAUAGAACAGUUCGCCCGCACGUAUCCCUACAGGAAGCCCUCCUGUCAGUCUUUCCUGCCCUUGUGGCAUCCCGCUCAAUCUAGCGCAGGCCAAGCCGAAAUCAACCCAAUGGGCACCAGUACCUACUCACGCCUCGCGGGCCUUGUCGGGCGUGCAUUUAUACAAUCCGGUUUUGUUUCCGCUUCUCUCGCUCCACUCGCCGCAGUAUGCACCACCAAUCUCAUUCCUUUUACCGAUUCACGUCACCUCUGGUUCACGUUACCUUUAGAACCAGGACUCGUUCCUCUUGCUUUCCUACUCACUCCGCCUUCAUAUCUACCUGCGCCAAUGGAACGGGCACGGACUGCAAAGGGAAACUCACGCCAAACCUCUAUGGCGGGAGGCUGCGGCUCUAUCUAUCGAGGAUCGACUACGACACGCCGCAGGACUGCCGACUACGAGCUAGGACUCCUGCUCCUGCGCCAGGACCCCUGGCACUCCCGACCUGAUCUGUCCUGCCAGAACGCCGCGCUACACCGGAUCGGUACUCCACUUCCCCGCGUUCCCCACCCCUCACCUCAACUCCAGAAUCCUACCCGUUCACCACUCUAA